UCUGUCACUUUACACACUGAUCUCGGCGAUCUCAAGAUUGAAGUAUUUUGUGAAUCUGUUCCAAAGACAGCAGAGAACUUUCUCGCUUUAUGUGCAAGUGGAUAUUAUGACAACAACACUUUUCACAGAAAUAUACCUGGAUUUAUGAUACAAACAGGUGAUCCUACAGGCACGGGAAAAGGAGGAAAUUCGAUUUGGGGAAAGAAGUUUAAUGAUGAAAUCAGGUCUACGUUAAAGCAUAAUGCACGCGGUAUAGUUUCCAUGGCGAAUUCAGGGCCAAAUACAAAUGGAUCACAAUUUUUCAUUACCUAUGCAAAACACCCUCAUUUAGACACAAAAUAUACAGUGUUUGGAAAAGUCAUUGAUGGUGCCGACUCAACAUUAGAUGUAAUGGAAAAAGUGCCGGUGGAUGAAAAGUAUAGGCCACUCCAAGAAUUCCGUAUAAAGUCUGUUACAAUUCAUGCAAAUCCGAUAGCUGACAAGCAGUUAUAA